CUCAAUAGCGCUCUGCAUACCUGGAUCACAAUGGAUGAAGAAGAUGAAUUCUUGUACGGACCUUCCACGACAAGUGCGCCUGCCCCACCACCUGCCGCACCUGCAAGCGCCGCUCCCAGCAACAAUGUCGUUGCGAAGCUCGAAGCGGAGGCAGAUGCUCAAGAAGAAGCCACUCCAGGACUCGACGGAACGCCAGGACUGGACGCGCCACAGCAAGAUGCGCAAGAAGCACAGUCCCGCGAGGACAGUGACGAGGAGAUGGACAGCGAGGACGAGGAUGAUGUAGAAAUCAUCAUGGAAGCGCCGGUGCCACGGUCGCUGGAUCUGAGACAACAAAACCGAGGAAGGUCAUACGUGAACCCAGCUGCCAACAGGAGCACACCCACAGGCCAGAAUCCCUCCCUCACCACCGAGUACCAACCCAUACAACGCGGGGCCACCACACCAUCCACUCAGCCCCCUGCCCCUCAACCGAUCCCUCAAUCAUCAUCUACACCCGCACCCUCCGCAAGCGCCCAACCAACCGCUACCACCCCCGCGCAGCCCAAAGACGAACCUAAAGAUGACGGCGUUGACCCGAACACACUUCCCCCUGCCACCCGAGCUGACUCCCAGCCCGAAAUCGACCCCGGCGCAGUCGGCAUCUUCGAGGGCCGCCCCAUCAUCGACCUCGACCUCGCCGCGCUCGCCGACAAGCCCUGGCGCCGCCCGGGCGCGGACCUCUCCGACUGGUUCAACUACGGCUUCGACGAGAUCAGCUGGGAGGCGUACUGCUACCGCCGGCGCGACCUCGGCGAGCUCGCGGACGUGCUCAAGGCGAACGUGCUCAACUUCAGCGGCAUGCCCGAGGACCAGCUCACGCAGCUGCCGCCGGAGGUCCGGCAGAUGGUCAUGACGGGGACGAACGCGCUCAUGAACAACGCGGCCGCGGGCGGGGGCAUGAUGCCGAACGCGGGGAUGAUGAUGGACAUGGGCGGGAUGAUGGAUAUGGGGAUGGGAGGCGGGGGUAUGGGAGGGAUGGGCGGUGGGGGCAUGGGCGGUAUGGGCGGCAUGCCGAUGGACCAGCAGCAGCAGCAGGGCGCGGCGCCGAAGCAGGAGUUCGAGGGCAUGGAGGGCGGCAUGGGAUACGGGAUGGGGAUGGGCAUGGGCGAGUACGGCAUGCAGGACCAGCAGCAGAUGCAGCAGCAGAUGGGCGGGCAGAUGACGCCCCAGAUGACGGGGCAGAUGAACCCGCAGAUGCAGCAGCAAAUGGGUGGGCAGAUGCCUUUCCAGGGUAUGGAGGGCCCGUCCCAGAGUCCGCCAGUACCAGCCGCAGGGCGUGGGGGACCGCCGCCUUUCCGCGGACGUGGAUCGUUGCGCGGACGCGGAGGGUUCGCGGGUCGCGGGCGUGGUGCUCAUGUGCCAACACCUCCCGUCCGCUCAACCUCGCCUUUGCCACCCAACGUCCCAACCGGCCCCCGCAACCAAAACAAGUACAAAGACCGGGACAACAACGCCCAGUCUGUCGACGGCCUCGAUUAUGGCGGCGGCGCCUCCGCCCGCACGCAAAGUCGCGAGCCAGACGAGAGGGCUUACAGGAAGCGCCGAGCGUCCCCGAACUACGACGACUCUCGCAGCUCUUCCAAGAGGCGGUAGACUCACUGUAAUUGCUUGUGCUGUACCUUACACCCGAUGUCAUCUUGGUGCCCUGCAAGCCUGAUCUUCGCCUGGUCAACUAAGCUCCCACGACGCUGCCUAUGAACCCGUUGCU